AUGGCCAGAAGGAGACGAGGUCGAGGCAACAGCGCGCAGCAACAGCAGACCUCGCAGAGCAGAAGAGGAGGCCCUCGCAAGGCUCCGCGGGAGCCUGCUGAAUUUGCCAAACCAACAGGUUAUGAGCCAGACAUCCCUCAUGAAAAAUUAACAAUUGCUCAAGCACGGAAAGGCACACCAGCUCAUCGUCCAGUGCGGGUCUAUGCUGAUGGAAUCUUUGAUCUUUUCCACUCUGGACAUGCUCGGGCGCUGAUGCAGGCCAAAAAUGUUUUCCCCAACACUCACCUGAUAGUAGGAGUUUGCAGUGAUGAACUGACUCACAAGUUCAAGGGUUACACGGUGAUGACGGAGGAUGAGCGAUACGACGCCCUGAGGCACUGCCGCUAUGUGGACGAGGUGGUGCGGGAUGCUCCCUGGAGCCUCACUCCCGAGUUCCUAAAGAAACAUAAGAUUGACUUUGUGGCUCACGAUGAUAUCCCUUACACCUCUGCGGGAUCAGACGAUGUUUAUAAGCACAUCAAGGAAGCAGUCCGAGACUACGACGUCUAUGUUCGACGAAACUUGCAGAGAGGCUACACGGCCCGUGAACUAAAUGUUGGAUUCCUGAAGGAGAAUAAAUAUCGGCUGCAGAAUCAGGUGGACAAGAUGAAAGAGACGGUUCGAACGGUGGAGGAAAAGUCCAAACAAUUAGUCUACAGGGUGGAGGAAAAGAGUCAGGAUCUCAUCCACAAGUGGGAGGAGAAGUCACGAGAAUUCAUUGGCAACUUCCUGGAGCUUUUUGGACCUGAUGGAGCAUGGGCAAGUUCAUUUUCAUAA